AUGAAAGAGAUUGUCGUUAUUUAUUGCUAUGGAGGCGAUGGAAGCAUAUCGAAAGACUUGAAGAGAGGAUGGGUUCAAGCCGUACGACUCUUGGUGAAGAGGGCGAACCGAGCUUUACAAAUAGGGGACGUGCAUGGUGCCAUUUUGUUGAUAGUACUAUGUUGGGUCGAGAAGACGAGACAUAAUGUGAAUAGUUUUGGCGGCAAAAGGGGAUAUGGACGACCGUCUACCGAAGCUUCCGGAGAGGAAAAUGAAACAUAUGAUCUGUUUGCGAUGGAUAUGCUGAAUCCAUUGACCUGA